CCUUUCCUUUGUCCCUGUUGUCAACAUGUUGUCGACAACGAGGUCUGCGGCCUCAAUGGCCAUGCGAGCCAAGCCUUCGACCGCUUUGCUGCCAUACCGCGCCGGAAGCGCAGCGUUCCUCUCGUCUACCUCGUCCAACUCCGCGACGCCAAUGCAGAAGCCUGGUCUCGUUGCUGGGAACCCGGGAACGCCGCCUCCGAUGAAGCAGGCGCGGCGAGAAGUGCCAUUGCCCAGCCAGGAGGGCAACAAAGGCGUGGUACAAUACGCGCUGACCACUCUCGAUCAGAUCGCGAACUGGGCUCGCCAGAGCUCGCUCUGGCCCAUGACUUUCGGUCUCGCAUGCUGCGCCAUCGAAAUGAUGCAUCUGUCGACACCCCGCUACGACCAGGAUCGACUGGGUAUAAUUUUCCGUGCGUCGCCUCGGCAGUCGGACGUCAUGAUUGUGGCAGGAACCCUUACAAACAAGAUGGCACCGGCACUGCGGCAAGUGUACGACCAGAUGCCUGAUCCGCGAUGGGUCAUCUCUAUGGGCAGUUGCGCAAACGGCGGAGGAUACUACCACUACAGCUACUCAGUCACAAGAGGAUGCGACAGGAUCGUGCCCGUGGACAUCUAUGUUCCGGGCUGCCCGCCCACGUCAGAAGCCCUGAUGUACGGCAUCUUCCAGCUACAAAAGAAGAUGAGGCAUACGAAGAUCACGAGGAUGUGGUACAGGAAGUAGAGGAGAUUCUUUCAUUUCUUCAGCGGUCAGGUCUUGCGUUCAUCAUGCCUGUGGACAUUCAGACAACUCACUCUGUACAAAUCGAAUUUUCUAC